UGAAAAAGUCCCGGAUAAUCCGUGCUGUCGCUAUAUGUUUUGGAAUAGUAUUGGUAUACAUGUAUUAUCGCAAGUCAUCAGAAAAUGAUGAACUGAAAGAGCUGAACGAGUCUAGAAAAUUCCAAUCACCAACCAUCAUUUCCCAAACAAAUGGGAAAAACAGAGAAAACUCGAAUUCGUUUAAUUCCUCGGAUGCAGAGCAAUAUCAGUUCUACAAGAGAGAGUAUACCCCGGGAUAUGAUAAAAACUGUAUCUUGACAUUGCCAAAGAAAUACAUAGGCGAGGGAGAGUUACCGCUGAGACUUCCCGCUGAGGAGGAAUUGAAUUCGCUUUCUGCCGACGUCAUCGCUUGCUUGUAUCAUCGUUACGUCACAACAAUUCAAACAUUUUGCGCUUUCAAAGAUCGUGCGGGUGAAGUCAAGCGGAAUGGAUGGUAUAUAUGUGCAGAUCCAGCAUACGUUCCCAGAAAGCAUUGUGUUGUUUUCCUGUCUAACAGGGCAUUUCCAGAAAACACUUUCUCGAAUGACAUGGUAUCUCGAUAUAAAUGUAACGUAUACGCAACUCCAUUAUCGUAUGUAAAUACUCUAAAAUAUUGGAUUGGUAAGACAAACAUAUCCAACAGCGUCAUCGAUAUACUGACAAUGUCUGUAAGUACACCAAAUCUUGCUUUAUUCCACACGAUUGUGCAAGAAAAGUCCAUUCUUAAAGUCAAACAAAUUCUCCUGGAGCUGUAUUUUGAUCCAAGAGAUGCGAAAAAUCUCAACUAUUUUCAAAUAUUGAAGAGUUUGCGACUGUUGUACGAGAGAGGUUUCAGAAUAGUGUGGUUCGACAGAUUAGUUCAUUGUGCAACUCUCAGAUUUAGUAAGUGCUAUGCGGUCUACUUCGUUCAACCAAAUCUUAGGGAUAAAACUACUAAUUCCUUGCCUUUAGACUUACCUACCGAACAAGUAAUAAGGAAUAUGAAAGGUAAUGAAAUCGCAAAUUUGUAUUUCAACUAUAUUGAAACAACUCAAUUUUACUGUCAACAUGUAUUGAGAAUAGGAAGGCUAGCCGAUGGUGGAUGGGAUGUGUGUCACGAUAAAAUGCUGCAAUACAGAAAUCCUUGUAUUGUGUAUUCGUUUGGUAUCCGCGAUGAUUUGUCUUUUGACGACGAUAUUGCUACAACCUAUAAUUGUAAUGUAUAUGCUUUCGACCCCACAACGCCAUUCGGGACACAUCAGCACGCACCGCGGGUUUGGUUUCAUCGACUGGGAAUUAGUAGCGAGUACCGGAAGUGUUUCGUAGCCCCGUUACAGAAAAUCCGUGAUGAUUUGAAUCAUCAAUCGUCACCCAUGGCUAUUCUUAAGGCUGAUGUCGAAGGUGCUGAAUGGGAAAGUGUGCCUAACAUGAUAAAUACACACCAACUAGCUGAUGUGUCACAGUUAUUUAUAGAAUUCCAUGGCUACGGAGAUACUCCAAAUAAUCUUAUCGUUUUAAAAAGGCUUCACGAUGCUGGAUUUCGUAUUUUCUGGUACAAAUUUAAUGCACACCCUGGGUGUUUGUUCAAAAAACAUCUUACACGCCGAUCAAGCUGUCAAGAGGUGUAUUUUGUAAAUACAAAGUUCAAAUUCUAAAGGACACAAUGAUGGCUUUAUCUGUAUCAUCUGGUGUCAUUUUACCUUUUCAAGUGGAAUUUCACAUUCAUAGAACGAUUUAUAUCCGAAGAGUAUCAGUGCAGAAAAACUGUUUUAAAACAAUGAAUAACAUCAUUGUAGUAACAUUGGCAUGGAAAUCAUUCAAAUAUGAGUCGGAAGGAUCAGCGGGUCAUGCGUUUAAAUUAAUAUGACCGAAACAGAUAGAUAUCUACAGCUUUGGAACCUGUGCAAAGAAAUUCUGCAGGGGACACCAAGAAAAGGAAUGUGAUGACUUCGAUAAUAGAUGAAUGAUGAAAUUCUUUUGAGAGAAUUUCUAAAAUAAGCGGACCCAGUGCACUCAUUGCAGAGACCACUUCCGAUGAUGUUUGACACCGCGGUCCCAACGAGUCAACGAAACUAUAAAAUAUAAUAAUGUAAAUGAUCAUACGUAUGUGUUGACUGCUGUUCUUAAUGUAGGUUAGUAAAUAAAUACACCAAUUUAAACAAGGAGAGGGUUGGUGGAAGAUGGAAGUGAGUAAAUGCACUUAUUUGUUUUGUAACUCUACAGAUUUGGGUUAAUGCUUUAUACCAAUGCCUUGUAAUUCUUAGAGCUGGUCAUACAGAUGCCAUGUAUGCAAUUUUUCUGCAGCUGGUUAUACAAUUCAAAUUUUCCUCUGGUCUAAUCGCAAAUCUUCAGAUGCUAAUAGCCAAUAUAAUAAGAUCCUCAUGAUCACAUGACUUUUUUCAAAUUUUAUUUCAAUUGCAGAUAAACAAACACAAUCACCCACAUACACACAAUGUAAAACUUAUACGGUACCAAUUUUGAUGCACCAGAUGCGCAUUUCGACAAAUAAUAUAUUGAUAUAUCAUUACAUACAUACAUUUUCAAAUAAAUAUUUCCAGUUAAACCAUCUUGUUUUGAACACAUCAGUUUCAUUCUUUGUUUAAUACAUUUGUUCUUCAAAUUCAUAAUACAAAAUGUAUGUUUUCAAGU